UGCCUCAAAAGGCACAGUCGUCAUUGGACAGACGCCGACGAAAUACUUAGAGCGAGCCUCAUCCUAUUUGUGAGCGUGAUCUCACCAGAUCGCCUUAGUCUAAUCUUCCAGGGCUAUUUGCAAUGGAGGUUGUCGGCAAUCUCUCCGACAAUUCGACCUUCGAAUCUGGCCUGGUGUACAAACAGGGCUACCCAACUAUCAUAACCUUUAUUCUAGCUUACGGGUUCUCCUUCGUGCUCUGCGUGGCCGGGAACCUGGCGGUGUGUGUCAUCGUCAUAAAGUACCAACAGCUGCACACCGUCACCAACUUCUUCAUCUUCAACCUGGCGGCGGCAGACCUGCUCGUCGCGCUGUUCUGCAUGCCCUUCACUCUGGUCAACAACAUACUCGCGGAUUGGAUCUUCGGAGAUGUCGUCUGCAAGCUGUCUCCCUUCAUGCAGGGGGUGUCUGUAGCAGCCUCCGUCUUCACACUGGUUAAGAUCAGAAUCUGA